AUGAGAAAGCAAUUCAAUUUAAUGUAUUCCAUGUAUGGAAUUGAUAUGUUCCCAUUACCUACUGAUUGGAAAUCAAAAUCAUUAUCAAUCCUUAGUCCAUCACCAACAUGUAUAUAUGGUUUGACUUAUAAUAUCCCAGAAUUGAGUUAUGGAUUUUAUUUAACCAAUUUCACCAAUCUCUGGAGUCAAGAAUUGACCCGGGAAGAACUUAUUAAAACCGCGAGUGGGUUUGGGUUUGAAGAUGCUUCGAUGGGGGAUUUGGUUCUGUUGAUAAAUAUAACUUCGAAGGGCGUUUCCCAAGAGGAGAGUCUAUCAUUUAGAAAAAGUGAUGAUAAUGAUGAAUUAAUAGAAUGUGAAUUAAAACUUGAUGAAAUAAAUUGGGUAUUUAAACUCCAAAAACUGAAUCAAGAAGAAUUGAUUCAAUUUCUAUCCAGGUUGAACUAUCAACAAUUUUCCAAUCACUCAUUCUUACUUCAUCAAAUACAAGAUUUGAAACAUGUUAUUGGAAUUAAGGAUACAUUUAUAAGAUUUCUUGUUGAGAAUUUCAAACAAAGUCAUGGACUUGAACUUAUAAAUAAUUACAAGAGGAUAAAUAGGACCGAUAUUGAAUCAAUAGAAAGGUUUAAUCCCGAAAGAUGGGAAAGAGGGAAUGCUAUCUCGUAUAAGAAAUCACGAAGUUCAAUGAAAAAGAAAUCAAAUGAAGAUGAAUUGAUUAAUAAUAUAGAUACUUCAAUUAAGGGAUGUUGGAAGUUUGCCAAUCUGUUUUAUCAAGAUAUACCAGAAGAUAAGCAGGAAGAAGAAGAAUUAAGUCCGGUAAAAUUCGACGCAUUAGAAUCUGUCAAUAGUUCCCCCAUCAAGAAGAAACACGAUCGAGGAAAUGAUGAUAGUCCUAAUCUCUCGCAUUCGGCAUCCCCAGGGCCACAACUGACAUCCCCAUUUAAGAAAAAGCUCAAAAUUGGGGCGUUGACAAGUAAACGUAAAUCCAAUUCACCCCUGGAAUCUCCUCUGACAUCCCCUGUAAAAAAGAAAGCCAGAAUCGGGGCAUUAACAAGAAAAUGA